AGUUUGUGGAUUUAUUGGUUACAUUCAACAUUUUUAUUAAUCCACCUUCAAUCUCUAUUUCUUUCCACAAUUUUAUACUUAUUAUUUAAUAUUUUGAUGUAAAUUGUGAAUGAGAAUCACUUGGUUUCAUCAACUGCAGUUUUCACCUAUGUUUACAGACACUAAUGAUUUUUUUUGGCAAUAGGAAUUGACUCACUGUCAACAUCCCUUAGCCUUUGGUGGUUCAUGCAUUUCUGUUUCGUCAAACUUGUGAUAUUUAUUAAUCUUAACCUGACUCAUUGUCAUAAAUAUUGCCAUCACCAUUGACCUAUUGUGAUCGAGCUUCUAAUUGUCCCUGUUAUUCACUAAUUCUCUCCUGAGCAUGUCGACAAUCAUUAAAUCUGACGAUGAUUGCUACUUUUUUUUCAACGCAACGUGUACCAAAGGCGAAGCUUGUCCUUACCGGCAUUCCGACGCUGCUUAUGGAUCAGAUGUUGUUUGUAGCUUCUGGAGAGAAGGAAAGUGUAUUAAAGGUGCUAGUUGUAAAUAUCGUCAUAUGGAGAUACGUAAACAGCGUGGCAAAGUCGAAUGUUUCUUUGAAAGGCAACCCGGUGGAUGUAAGAAGCCACAUUGUCCUUUUCUCCAUAAAUCUCCCCUUAAAGCAACAAAUGAAGAUGGUUCGGAACUCGUUAGUGAAUCUGCUGACAUUCAUUCGGCUCCUAGUGAUAAUCUUACUUCUACUAAAAGUUCACCUUUCCAACCAGACCAGGAAUUUAAAGGUGAAGGAGAUAUAUCUACUACACUUUUGUCAAACAUUAACGAAAAUUUGAAAUCCUGUGUUUCUCCACCAUUUUCACCUACCUCUAAACAACCUGGUUCACCGUCAUCAACUGCAGCAACAAUUGGCUCUGAACCAGUAUCAUUCAACAUUGAUAUAGCAGAAGAGUCAGAAAACGAACCUGAAGAAGUUGGUAGCCUCGAGAAGAAACCUAUAAAAUUAACUGCCUCUAAUAACCAAUCUGGAAAAAAUUUCGGUGUCAAGACUUUAGAGCAAAUUAGGAUGGAAAAGGUAUUCAAAUCAAAUGAUGUGAAUAAAGAGUCACCACCUGAACCUCCAAAUACAUCUAGUAAAGUGUCUAGGAUUAAAUUAAAGAGAAAAACUCUUAAUACGACCAAUAACGUUAACACAACAAACGAUGGUUCAUCAGGAUUAAAUGAAAACGAAAGUAAACCCGGUAGCCUUGGAUUCGGCGUCAAAUCUCUUGAAGAGAUACGUAGAGAAAAGGAACAAGCUCGACAAACGCCAGAACAGAUCCCAACUGAGAAUGAGGGUAGCAAUGUUAUGCCCAAGAAAAUAAUUAAGAUAAAAAGGACACAUUUAGGAACGAGUAAACCGGAAGAACCUCCAUCAAAGAUAGUUAAGCUUCGGAAGCCUGGUUCUGAAGAAAGCACUAUAGCUUCCAAACCUGUAACCAAAUAUAAUUUAAUUCCGUCAACGGAUAAUCCUGCUAAAGUACAAUCAUCAGAAAACUCUACGCAACUACUCCAAUCUAAAACACUGUCAACAACUCCUUUAUCUAUCAAACCUACGACACCAAUGCCAUCACCGCCAAAACUAGGAACGGCUGCAUCCCCGGUAGCACCAUCACUUGUGUCUUCAACUCCUAUAGCAGCGGUUUCACCGCAGAAACAAUCUCAACCCAAUAGAGUAUCUAUCAAACCAGAAAUUCAUAAACUUAAAAAAAGUGUUUCAAAACAACUAAACGAAAUUGAAAAAUCAAAUCUAGGUGGUAAAGGAUUAAAGACGCCAACACGUGAACAAAAGUCAUCUAGUUCAAUUAAAAAGCAUAACAUUAUGUCGUCCGCAGUGACGGAUAUGCCGACACCGAAUACACAUGAGAGUCAGCCCUUCAAGAAAAGUAAAUUAAGUUCUUCACCUAGCCAUGAUAAAUCAGAAUGGAAUGAGGAGCUUUGCGAAAAAGCAUCAGAAGAUGAAGUCAAUUUGCUCCAGAAAGACGAAGAUCUUCUUGAAGAUGAUUUACUCGAUGAUGAAAACGGGGAAACAGCUCCUGAAGGCGUUAAUAUCGAAGAUGAAGAUGAUGAAUUUUUGAAAGAGAUCGAACAUGUUAUUAAUAGCUAAACUUAAUAAAUUCUUUCAUUUGUACAGUUA